UUAAGCAAUACAUUGCCGUGUAAAUAUUUCUAAGAUAAAAGUCCGUACACACGCAUAAUUCAAUAUCGAUUCAAUAAUUUACAUCGAACAGAUUCUCAAUCGAAACGAAACGUUAAUCGAAUCAUUACAACAUAAGAGGACUAUAUUUGUCAUAUGCAAAAACAUUAAUCCCAACUCCCAUCGGAUAACAUCGUUUCCGAUUCACAGAUGGAGUAUGUUUCGUUGUAAAAAACAGUGUAAAACUAAUUCCACUACAGUUUCGCGCAAUAAAUUAAUCGUGCAUCUAUGCUUUGAAUCAAAAUUAUUAAUACAUAAAAGCAUUCUUAAGACAAUAAUCACAAUUUAGGGAUUACUUAAUGAUGAACGCAAAAAAUAUCGUACAAAAAAUUAUGCAAACACGUGAUAUGAAAAAAAACUAUUGUGUCAUUGGCUAUGGAAUACUUUUUUAUACGACGCUACGCCCUGCAUUGAAUAACCAGUUAGAUAACAAAGAUUCGUUGAAGGAAUAAUACGAAGUUAUUCUUCCGGAUUCAAAUUACGUGACAAACAAUCGCAUAUAGAUAAUAUUAUUCUGAAAAGAAAAUGCAUGUAAUCACUCACGCAUUAUAAGUAAUAUAGGAUUAUAUUGUAUGGCAUAAAACAGUAAGCACAAUUCAUUAACUUACUACUCUUAUCAAGUAAGAUAAUGUUCAUUGUUCAGUUUUAUCCAAUUAAUUAGUCAUUAUAUGAUAGUGAAUGGUGAAGAAAUUGAUCAAAUGAAAACGGUACAUAAAUACGAUAUGCUCGCACGUUCAUGUUAUUCCAAAAUACGUAAAUUUCUACAGACAUAUUAUGCCUGGUCGCAUGGCCGAAAUUAUUGACUUAACUGUCGAUUCAAAGCGUCUAAAAACGCAUGGCGUAGAAUCACUACUGGAAAAAACAUCGAGUUGGUUAUUAUACUCGACAUAUAACCUCAACAACUUUAUUAACGUUCCAAAAACCUUAUAAAUUUUAUUCUCGAAUAUUUUAUAAAAUUUGGAGUCACAAAUGGUUCGAACUAUCAUUUACGGCUUGACCACGCGUACGGAAGAGGGCUGACGCGCGAGGGUCAGAAACUAACCCCCAAAAAAAUGUAUACGUCGUCCUUUCGGAACGAAACACACUUUACUAUCGUAAUUAUACGUAAAUUAUAUAGAAUUUAGAAACCUUAACGAAAAAGUAUUAAAGCAUAAUAAGAAUUUCGACUUACCCGAUGCGUAAAAAAACUCCAGAACUUGAUAUAAACCGGAUGAAUUCUCACUCACAAACACGAAACUUAACAGCAAUCACGAUACAAUGGCGAACAGCGGGUGCGUAGCAGGGACUGAGCUAAUGCUCUCGCCAUCUGUCGAGCAUUUCGCCAAAUUAUUGACGAAAAGGACAUCUUCCAUUGGUCCGUCUCCUCCAAUCAGGAUAUGGUUUCAAUUUACGCGGGAAUGCUUUGGCGCUACGCAGCCAUAUUGUAAAUUCAUUCGAAUUAGAAGUUGACUGUAACGUCAAAAAAAAAUGAAUUGUAAUAUUCAUAAUCUUGAUCAAUCAUUAUCUGAAAUGGAAUUACAAUAUGAUGAUAAGAUUCAAGUAAACUCGAAUUCUAAUGAAUUACAUCAAAUGAAUAAAGAAAUAAAUGAUAUUAAAUCAAAAUUAUUCGAAUGUCAAAAAGAAUAUGAAUAUACAGAGGUAGAAAUACAUAAUGUCAAUCAAUUGAAAGAUAAAGGAAUAUAUGUAUUAAAUAAUGUAGAAAGAAAUUAUAAUAAUUUAGAUGAAGAGUUAAAACAAAUUCAUUGUAACUAUGUAAAAUGUAUCGAGAAAGUUAAUUCUGAUAAUGACACUAUUCAACAAAGAAUUAAUUCGUUAACAAUGCAAAGAGAUAACUUAAAAAAAAAAUUAGAUGAAUUAAAGAAAACAACAGAUGAAAAUAAUAAAAAAUUGAUAGAAAUCAAAAAUAUGAUUAUAAUUCAAGAGGUACAUUUCAUUAUAUAAUAUAUAUAUAUAUAUAUACAUCGAUAUAAUCAAUAUAAUCAAACUAAUUUUUAUAUUUUUAUUUCUAGAAGAAAAAUAUUGCAUUAAUACGAAAAUUAAAAAGAAUUACAGAAAAUGUAUAUAUUACACCAGAUUUAAGAAGAAGAGUAAAUAUGAU